AUGCAGCGCCGGAGGAGGGAGUUCGUGCAGAACUUCCGUGUCUCACGGGAGUCCUUCGACUACAUCUGUGAUCAGACCCGGGGUCUUCUGGUGAAAAAGGACAUGAACUACCGCCUGUGUAUCCCUGUCCAGAAGCGGGUUGCUAUCGCCAUCUGGAAAAUGGCCACUGGCAGCGAAUAUCAGACCAUCAGCCAUCUUUUCGGGGUCGGACUGUGCACUGUGUAUAACUGUGUGCAGGAGUUUUGCGACGCAGUCAUCCGGGUGCUUCUGCCUCUGCACGUGAAGACCCCCGACGCCCCAAAGCUGCUGGAAAUGGCCACCUUCUUCAAAAAUCGCUGGCGAGCUCCCCAGUGUGUGGGUGCCAUUGAUGGCAGCCACAUCCCUAUAACAGCACCGAAGGAGUUCCCCAAGGACUUCUUCAACCGGAAGGGCUGGCAUUCGGUUGUGCUGCAGGCUGUAGUGGACGGAAAAGGACUUUUCUGGGAUGUGUGCGUUGGUUUCCCAGGAAGAAUGCACGACGCCAGAGUCCUCCGACUGUCCAGUCUGUGGGAGGUUUUGAGUGAUGGGCAGCUGCUGGGGCAGCAGAAAGCAAACAUCUCCGGUCGCCAGGUGGGCCAUAACAUCAUCGGUGACCCAGCAUACCCCAUGCUGGAGUGGCUCAUGAAGCCAUUUUCAGACACGGGUAGACUGACACCCGCACAGAGCAUGUAUAACUUUCGACUGAGCAGUGCACGCUCUGUGAUGGAGAUGGCGUUUGGGAGGCUGAAGGGGCGGUGGAGGUGGCUCCUGAAAAGAAAUGAAUGCAAGCUCGAGUUGGCGAAGCGGAUGGUGUUGGCGUGCUGUGUGCUCCACAACAUUUGUGAGGAGCACGGGGACAAUUUCGUGGAGGAGCACCUUGGUUCGUGGUCGGACCGCUGCAUGUAG